CGCACGGGCCUCUCUUCCCCGAAAUCUUGGCGAGCCCUCGUCUAGGAAUUUUAAAUGUCAGCGACCGUUCAUCCAGGAAUUCACGAUUCUGUGAAAUGCAGCCAUGACUUCACCGUUAGUGAACAUACAGGAGGCAUCACUAAAACGCAAAAUAAUUGAGCAGGGCGGUGAUACACGCAAGAAGUUUCGUCGAGGAAUUGAUCAGGACGAAUUUAUCUUACAGGACGAUAAUGCAUUAGACCACGACUCUGCUUUAGGCAGCACCUCCCCCUCAGAGGCUGACGAUCCCCUACGAGACUUCACCGAGUGCGGCCAAAGACGAGCGGAUAGCGAAGCCCGCCGCAGAUGGCACUAUGCGUGCACCGUAGAAGGAUGUUCACAACGUUUCAAUCGUCCCUGUCGUCUGGAGGCACACAUGAGGAGUCAUAACAAUGAGCGUCCGUUUGCUUGCGAUAUGGAUGGUUGCAACAAGACAUUCCCGAGGAAAGACCAUUUGAAUCGACACAUGAAGAGUGCCCAUACGGAGGUGGAACGGAAUUACAUCUGUGAUUGGGAGGGUUGUGGGAAGACAUUCACGUCGAGCAGUCGAUUGCAGCGCCACAAAGACGUCCAUGAGACUAAGUUCUAUUGUACAGAGUACCCGCCGUGCAAGGAAAUUUUCAGGAAAGCGAAAACACUGGAAGCACACAUCAAAACGAAGCACCUCCAAACCGCACCAUUCGUUUGCGAUUUUGUCGAUGAACAAUCGGGCCAACGUUGCAGCAACGGGUACCAGACGGAACAAGCCUUGCGGAGACAUCAACACAAGAAGCAUGGUGCAGAAGGUCAAGAAUCCAUGUUCUUCUGCAUGAUGUGCCCAGCACCUGGCAGUGAAUUCGAGACCGUGGAAACGGAGACAGGAACUGUGCAGAUCGCAACGGAGCCCCUCCCCUUCCCAAAAUAUGAGGACCUGGUCACACACAACCGCGAAUUCCAUCCUCCCAUUUGCACCGACUGCGGCUUCAUGUGCGCGGACCAACAAACCCUGAAGCACCACUUCCAAACCGCACACAAGGCUCUAGAAGACCAGGCACAAUACCCAUGCCCCAGAGAAGGCUGCACUCGCGUCUUCAACCGCAACAGCAAUCUCAACGCGCACAUUCGCACCGUCCACGAGCAACAAAAGCGAUUCUUCUGCGACCCCUCCUUCUUCACCGAAUCCAAGCACGAAGACCUCAAGAACUGGGACGGCGCAAACGCAUGCGGCGUCCCCUACUCCGCCAAAUCCUCUCUCGAACAACACAUCCGCACCCACCACCUCGGCCUCGAGAACCGCAAGACCCUCCGCAAGAACGCCAAAACCAAGCACCAACCGCGCGUCCAGAAGAAACCCGAACCCUCCGCGCUCCGCCUCCUCACGGGCUUCGGCUACGACGGCGGCCGCGACGUCCCUUGCUUGGUCCCAGGCUGCUCCUUCCGCUUCUUCAUGGACCGCGACCUCAAGCGACAUCUCCGCAGCGCAGAGCACAAUCUCUCCGAUGCAGAGGUAGAGGAAAUGAUUCGCGAGCGCGAUGCCCUCACCGGCGGGGAGUUCUGGAUCGGAGGUCUCGACCAGGAGCCGCUUUUCGAAUCCACGGACCCCAGCGUCCCGCAGACGCCGAACCCAUUCCAGGAUAUCGAUGCGUUUACUCACGCAGCGUUCGACGACCAGUACGAUGCCAUUGACCCGGCUUUGGACACCAUCGGCGGUCUUAAAGAUCUCGUGUUCGACGAAGAUGCCGCACUGGACGAGGACAUGGGGUUGAGUGUGCCCGCGUUUGACGUGCAUGAGGGAAUUUAAAAACGAGCUAUGCAGGUGGAUGUUGGUUUUAUGGAUUUGAUGUAUCACUGACAUAUUUGUUAUGCAGCGCUUUUGGAUAGACCUGUGGAGCGUCAAGAUAAUGAGCCAUGUACUGCCAUAAAAAGUACGAUGAUGUAAAAGCUAGAUACCCACUGCUUCAUAAAAACACACAAUACUAUCACUAUAG